AUGGCUUCGGGAACGUCGGGGCCGGCUGGGCCUCCGCUGGAUCCCAUCGACCUUAAUGUGUCUGGAGAUCGCAGCAAGAGGGUUGCCUACUUCUACGACUCAGAUGUGGGAAACUAUGCAUAUGUGUCGGGGCAUCCCAUGAAGCCGCACCGUAUCAGGAUGACGCACAGCUUGGUAAUGAACUACAGUCUCUACAAGAAAAUGGAAAUCUACCGUGCAAAGCCCGCCUCCAAAUUCGAAAUGACCCAAUUUCACACCGAUGAGUACAUCGACUUCCUUUCUAAAGUUACACCCGAUAAUAUGGACGCAUUCGCGAAAGAACAGAGCAAAUACAAUGUUGGUGAUGACUGCCCUGUGUUUGACGGGCUUUUCGAGUUCUGCGGCAUCAGUGCUGGCGGUAGCAUGGAGGGUGCCGCCCGGCUCAAUCGUAACAAGUGUGACAUUGCUGUGAACUGGGCUGGUGGCCUUCACCACGCUAAAAAGAGCGAGGCUAGUGGGUUUUGCUAUGUGAACGAUAUCGUUCUUGGCAUUCUGGAGUUGCUCCGCUUCAAGCAGCGGGUUCUGUAUGUCGACAUUGAUGUCCAUCACGGCGAUGGUGUUGAAGAAGCGUUCUACACCACAGAUCGCGUGAUGACUGUUUCAUUCCACAAGUACGGCGAGUACUUCCCAGGAACAGGUGAAUUGCGCGAUAUUGGAGUUGGACAGGGCAAAUACUAUGCCGUCAACUUUCCUCUCCGCGACGGCAUCGAUGAUGUCUCGUACAAGAGCAUUUUCGAGCCCGUCAUCAAGAGCGUGAUGGAAUGGUACCGUCCCGAGGCAGUUGUUCUCCAAUGCGGCGGUGACAGUCUCUCGGGUGAUCGCCUAGGAUGCUUCAACCUCAGCAUGCGAGGCCACGCGAACUGUGUCAAAUAUGUAAAAAGCUUCAAUCUCCCGACGUUAAUUGUCGGAGGCGGUGGCUAUACCAUGCGCAACGUUGCUCGAACCUGGGCAUUUGAGACUGGUAUCCUUGUCGGUGACAACCUAGGAUCUGAGCUCCCUUAUAACGACUAUUACGAGUACUUUGCACCGGAUUACGAGCUGGACGUCCGCCCGUCAAAUAUGGAUAAUGCCAAUACGAGAGAAUAUCUAGACAAGAUUCGAACACAGGUCGUUGAGAACCUAAAGCGAACAGCUUUUGCCCCAUCCGUGCAGAUGACCGACGUUCCUCGCGAACCUUUGGUAGACGGUAUGGACGACGAAGCCGAGGCCGCCCUCGACGAUUUGGAUGAAGAUGAGAACAAGGACAAACGCUUUACAAAGCGACGCUUUGAUCAAUAUGUUGAGAAGCCCGGCGAGCUCAGCGACAGCGAGGAUGAAGAUGAGAAUGCGGCGAACGGAGUCACCCGCAAACCGGCUCACUUAAAACGACGCAACCAGGCCAACUACCGACUAGACCUUGCUGAUUCUGGAGUCGAAAGCGGAAUGGCUACCCCACAGGACGCUUCAUCGGUGGCUGAUGAGGAGAUGGACACUGGCACGGAUGUGAAGAUAACAGAAGCGCCCGGGCCGGAACCUGACUCUGAAGCCCAGGGAACAUCGUCAGCAGCCGAGCCACCAUCAAGGGCGGGAAAUGGAUCUGUUGAUGAGCCAUCUGAGAUGAUCGUCGAUUCGAAAGAGCCACCCAGGUCUGUUCCUGUCUCGCGCCCUGUCUCUCCCAAACCAACAGACGAGGAUACGGCUAUGGAGGAUGCAGAUAUGCCUGUGCCUGAGGUAAAUCAGGAGAACACGCCAGAAGCAAGCCAGGCAACGCAGAAUAAGCCCGCGGAAGGAACACCUGCUUCGGAGAGCGCCGUGGCUAAGUUAACGUCGCAAACAAAGGCGUCCUUCGAGAGCAACGAGGGCCGGAAGCAGCUAGAACCAGAGACAGUGAAGGAGGCCGGCCUUGCAGCAGUGACAACCGAGACUAAGGACAAGACUCCUGAAGCACCUCGAGCGGGGGCUCUCCCCGCGGUAACCGCGGAGCAAGAGACGACCAAACAAGGGGAGCCUAGCGCAGAAGCACAACCCGAAGCCGCAAAGGAGUGAGGACUAGCGCAGCAAUUUUGGUGGCGGCGUUGGUACUCGGGUUCCUGGCGCAAAGGGUAUGGUGUUUGGAAUUUACUAACUGGCAUUGACUUUUUAAAGGAGGGUCCUUUUUCUUCAUAUUGUGCUAUUGCUUUACAUUUGAGCUGGUGAUGAAAUAAUUCAUGUAUUGCAUUAUGAUUCUGUCUUGCAGUAUAACGCGCCGUCUCAUGCUCGUUGGGCUGGGCUGCCCUAUAGAUUAGAAAGCAAGAUGAAACCGAU